GGGAUAGUCUGUGUUUGCGUUUGGAGCAUUGAGAAGACAUCUUAGCGAAUUGUUGUAUGUAUUAACAACGAUGGAACAACAAUGCGAAAGUUUGAGGAAUGGAGAUGUUGUGAAUGAGGACAAAAUAAAUGAGUUGCCUGAAGAUUUGCUACUGCAUAUAUUAUCUUUUCUUCCGACCAAAAGUGUCGUAGCCACGAGUGUUUUGUCUAAGCGUUGGAGACAUGUUUGGAAGAUGGUGCAAAAUCUCAAGUUUGACUCUGAGAAUCACAAUACAUUUACAGAGGAUGUUUACAGAUUGUUGAUGUUACAUAAAGCUCCGUUUCUAGAGACUUAUCAUUUGGAAAUUAGAAACAGCUACGAUGCUAUAGAUGUUGGCAUAUUGGUUGGAGUUGCAUUUGCACGUCAUGUGCGUAAUUUGGUACUCGAUCUUGAUGAUCUUGCCACCAGUGCAGUUAAAUUUCCGAGUGUUUAUUGCAUCUAUGAUAAUAAUACACUUGAGACCUUAAAACUCAAUAAUUCCAUUAUUUUAGAUUUUCCUUCUCGGGUUUGUUUGAAUUCCCUUAGAAAGCUGCAACUGCACUCUGUUCGUUUUAGAAACGAAGAAUCUGUUCGUAACCUUUUAUGUGGCUGUCCUGGUCUUGAAGAAUUGGUAGUACAUGAAAGAUAUCAAACGUUUGGGAAGGCUUUCACUAUUGAGGUGCCAUCAUUACAGAGACUAACCAUAGAAGAAGAUUAUUACUUUGGAGGAGGUGGUGGAGGCUAUGUGAUAAAUGCUCCUUCUUUAAAAUAUUUGAACAUCAAAAUAUUAUAUGGGAUUGAGUUUUGUCUGAUCGAGAAAGCGCCAGAGCUGGUGGAAGCAAAAGUCAGUGAAGUUUCUGAUAUAAACAAUGAGAACAUUCUUGAUUCUCUAACUUCAGCCAAACGUCUUUCAUUAAACUUAUCACACUUAGAGAUUAAGUAUCCUAGUGAUAGCAUUUUCUAUCAGCUGGUAUAUUUGGAGCUACAUACAGAUAAAUGGAAGUGGUGGGAUCUACUAUCGUUCAUGCUUGAUGGUUCUCCCAAGUUGCAAGUCCUCAAGAUCAUAGACCUAUCUAUGUCUACUAACAAUGGAACUAAGAUCGGCCGAAAAUGGAAUAAGCCGAAAUGUGUACCGGAUUGUUUGUUGUUCCAUCUUGAGACAUUCAUGUGGACAGGAUACGGGGAACGAAGAGAUGACAAAGAAGUUGCCACAUACAUUCUACGACACACAAGACGGUUGAAGAAAGCAAUUUUCUCCACAAAACCCAUCGAACCAGAAAAUCUUAAAAAGUUGAAAAAGAGACAUGAGGUGCUCAACGAGUUGGCCACUGUGGGUAGGGCUUCAAAUUCAUACGACUUUGUCUUUGAAUCCACCUAA